AUGGAUGGGGAAACUGAAGCUGUGGUGAAACAAUUUGAUUUUGUUUUGAAGGAACUAACUUUCAAUUCGAGACCAAUUAUAACCACAUUAACUAAGAUGGCAGAAGAAAAUAUAUCAUGUGCAAAAUAUUUUGUUGAGAUUUUAGAGAAUAGAAUUGAUAAAUGUGUACCAAGCCAAAAAUUAUUUGCAUUUUAUGCUUUGGAUUCAAUAUGUAAAAAUGCUGGUUCUCCAUAUACAAUUUUUUUCAGUAAGAAUUUAUUUAAACUUUAUAAAAAAACAUAUUUAAUUGUCAAUAAUCAAGUCAGAACAAAAUUGAUCAGUCUCUUUAAGUCAUGGCUACAGCCAACAAAAGCAACUGGGGAGCCGGUUUUUGAUAAGACAACCCUUAAUGUAAUUGAAAAUUUCCUUGUUAAAGCAAGUGCAUUACAUCAAAAGAAUCUCGAGUCAAUGUUACCAACACCCACUAUACCUUUGCUAUUUAAAGAAAUUGAUAAAUUAACUGCCUUAAGUAAUGAAAGGAUAAAAGAUCUAAAAGACAACAAUAAUGUAAAUUCAGAAGACUAUAAUAAACUUUUAGCAAAACUGGAAGUUUUAAAGCAACUAAGAUUAGUGUUGGCAAAGGAAAAAUUGUCUGGUAAUGCCUUGAAACAAGUACAGUUACAAUUAAAACAGGUUUUUGCACAAGAUCAACAAUAUUUGCAAGAGAAACAUAGAAUACAACAACAGCAGCAAUUGCACCAGCAACAACAAGGAGCAGAGAGAGAACAAUCACAGUCAUUUAUUUCUAAUGAAAAUUAUUCUUUUAAUACAACUUCAAAUAUAGCCGGAGCAUCCCAUAGCGGUACCUCAAUAAUCCCUCUAUUUAAUAAUAAUAAGAAUAGUGAUCGUAUUAGCAAUCUUAAUAAGGAUUUGAAUUUACAAAAUUCAAGUGAGUCCUCCACAACAUUUUCUACAUUAUUUGGUCCAAACUCUUUGUCAACAACUGCUUCUUCUUUAAAUUAUGGCAUAAGCUCAGGUUUGAAUUUCACUCAGCCAAAUAGCAACAACACUAAUAAUGUGACAGAUUUUUUGGAAUUAGGGAAACAAAGUAAAUUAAAUAAGUUACAAAAUCUGUAUGAUUCAUUAAGUAAAGAAAACCUUCUAUAUAUCCCUUCCAAAAAUUCUAUCGUUACUUUAUUCGAUAAAUUGAAUAGCAUAAGGAAUGUUGAUGGUAGUGAUAGUAUAAAUAGUGAUAUUGAGAAAUUGAGUCAAAAGUUACCGUCAAUCUCAACAUUGUUAAAUAUUUUAAAUGAUUUUCACGCACUUAUGAUCGUAAAUAAUAUUAAUCUUGAUAACGCACCAAAAUUACAGCUAACGCAAGAAAAUAUCCUUAGUAAUGAAACUUCAAAGAUAGUAAUGGACAAUUUUAUUCAUUUAAUUUAUCGUGGUAAACCAAAUAAAUGUAGUACAUGUGGUAAGAGAUAUGGAAAUACACCUCAUGAGAAGAUGUUACAAUGUUAUCAUUUGGAUUGGCAUUUUAGAAUUAAUCGGAGACUCAAGGGUACCUCAUAUAAUGCAGAUGAUAAUAAUUCAACAACAUUUGUUGCCACACAAAGAAAUAUACAGUCAAGGAAUUGGUAUAUCCCAGAUUUACAAUGGGUGGGAUUUAAGGAUGAUGAAAUUGUAUCCACAAGAUUUAAUAAUGACUCUAAGAGCACGACUGAUAUUGGUGAAGAAAAUAGGAAAAGAAAUUUUGGUGAGGACACAGUUGGAGGUAAAAGAAAGAAACGCUCUGAAGAAAAUAUGAGUAGUCCUCAAAAAAUUGGUGGAAAUAUUAACAGUGCAGAAGAUACUAUGGAUUUAUCAGCAGAUUUACAUGAACACUAUGUUAUUGUUCCAGAAACUAUGGUUGAUAAUUCAUAUAAAUGUUCAAUAUGUCAAGAAGAGGUUACUAGUAUAUAUGAUGAUGAUAUUGGUGAGUGGAUCUGGAAGAAUACUAUUCAAGUGGAUGGUAAGUACUACCAUGCCACUUGUUAUAAAGAAACUAAAAAUAUAUAG